CACAGAAAACAAAAAAGCCGGGGCGCCCGUCAAGUCAGUGUCCGGCAGUCCUUCAGUGUGUCCAGCAGCAAUUUCCAAUCCGUUUGAGCGAAAGUGUUCCAUUUGCUUCUUUGGCUACGUGGAAGAUGAACAUCUCCGCAUUUUGCCGUUCAUUCGCCAUCGUCGCCGCCCUUUUACUCGCCUCAGGGUACUGCGCCGAAGAUGUAACGGGAAGCGAACCACCGACUUCUGAAGCCGCCACGACUCCAGUGACGGAGGAGAAUAGUGUUGGAACACAAACGGUGACGACCUCGUCAAUGCAAACACUUGGCUUGGAUGUCACGGAUGCCUCUACUGCUGAUUCAUCACAAUCACCAGAGAAUAACAAUCAAACAGAAACUGAUCUAGCAAGAUUGCUCUCACCACAGACGAUCGCCACGAAUCAACAGGAUGCGGCUUCACCUGAGCCAUCUGUUAGCGGUUCUCCAGUAGAAGGAACAACUUUGGCGAUUCUACCGGAGACGACCGUGACCGUUCAAUCAACAAGUUCCACGACAAUUAGACUGACAGAGGAAACCGAUAUCGACGUCUAG